UCAAUCAACAACUGUCACAAUGAAGAAAAAACCAGUUCAAAAAUCGAAUCCCAUUUUGAAGUUAGCAAGAGGCCUUCGUGUUUCCGACUGCGAGAUUCAAAUACGACCCAGUGACAAAGAAUGUUCCCCAGCUUCUAGAUAUAGUUCAACUAGUAAAUUCUUCACAGUCACCCUAGAAUUUGGGGGUAAAUUUGAUAUUGGGAAAAAAUAUUCUGCAUAUCUAGGUGGGAGUACAAUAUUGUUUGACUAUGUGGAUUAUGAAAUGGUCACACUUGCUGACUUUAAGUCUGUGGCAGAAUUUAAAGGGUGCAAAAAUCCUAUGAGACUGCACACAUAUGUUGGUUGUGGGAGUUUCAUGUUACUUUCAACUGAGACUGAUCUUGAGAGUGUGUGGCAAAGACAAAUUAAGAAGGUUAGGGAGGUUAGUUUGUUUGUUGAAGAGCUAAAAAUUGUUAAUGCACCUGAAAUUGAAAAUGAGGUUGGUGAAGAUGAUAGUGAUGAAACUUUUGAGUGGGAGAAUGAUAGUGAAGUUGACAAGUUGGAUGACAUCUUGUUUGAUGAAAAUGUGGAUGAAGUUGAGGUUGAGGUUGGGGUUGAGGCAGAGGAGGGUGAGGUUGAGGGUGAGGGUGAUGAGGGUGAGGGUGAGAAGGGUGAGGGUGAGGGUGAGACUGAGCUUGGGGUUGAGAAGGGUGAGCUUGGGGUUGAGAUUGAGGCUGAGAAGGUUGAUGAGGGUGAGGAGAGUGAUGAAGAUUUAAAUCAGGUCGUGGAUGAGGUUGCUGAGUUUAUGGCUAAGAAUGGUGGGUUUGAUGCUGAUGGUGGUGUUGGUGGGGAGAGUGAGGAGAGUGAGGAUAGUGAGGAGAGUGAUGAUGAUAUUUUUGGAUUGGGAGUAUGA